AUUGUGAAAAAGAAGACAGUAAGAACUGUUUUCUAGAAAAAUUAAAUGAAAUUGUUUAAAUUUUCUUUUCCAAUAUAAACUGUCUAUAUCAAAAGUUUUCGCGCAGUGGGUUUUAGUGGAGCGUGCAAGCUAAUUGUCUUUAUAGACGUCUAAAUUGUAUGUGCUACAUUUUAUCUCCAAAAAUAUUAGCUUAUCAAAAAGGUGUCAUUUUUAUACCAGGAAAAAUUGAGUCAUAUCUUAGGAAUUUUAAUUGAAAUUCAAUUUAAGGAUGGAUGAAUUGACUGAAAAUUUACAGAAACUCAACUUAAUUAAAGCGAAAUUUGAUCAAAACAAAGAUAUAGGAAUUAAUCAAAUUUAUAGUCAACCGGGUAACAAUACAAAGAAAGCCCCAGUUGUUCCUCCAAAGCCACGAAAGAAUGAUGUGUCGACUCCAUUAGUUCCAAGAAGUACGAAUAUUGAUAAAAUUUGUAAGCCGUCAUACGUGACACCUUUGGCAACAACAGGUGCACCAACUGAUGAGUCACACAUUUAUGCCAAUUCUCAAUACGAGGGAAAAACUCCAAAUAAAACACUUGACGACGCUAUUGAGCUUCAGUUAAAGAAAGAAGCACUUGAGCAUCGAAAGAAAAUUUUGGAAUAUAAUAAGUGCGUCUACCAAAAUGCAAUUGCGAAUGGACAAAAGUUACAAUUUUAUGAAAAUAUAAAUAAUCAAGCGCCAAUGAGUGAAAGUAAAAUGAUUUAUUCAAAUAUUAUCCAUCCACCACCGCCCUUAGAUGUGUUGAGUGGUGAUCAGGAUGAGGAAUUUCCAUUCGCACCUCCGUCUCCCGUUAGUUCCUCUUAUUCGGAACUGAGACGUGCGACUGAUGGAAAUUGUUAUGCAACAACAAUUAUGCCAGCACCAAUUAAUCACCAAUAUAGAAUUGGUAAUGUUAGUGCUAAUCAUCACAUUAAAAAUAAUACUUAUUCAAAUGACUAUGGCAUUUAUGGUCCAUCAUCUCAGAAUUCAACGACAUAUGAGUCCAUUUAUGAACCAAUUAAUCCACGUCCACCGUCCCAAAUGUCAUCUCGCUCAAAUUAUUCACUUUAUGCACCGUAUGAUGGAUUAUGUAGCAAUAGUUCAUCCAUGAAUCGAUUGCCAAUCAUCACACAAGAAACUGAAGUCGAUGCCCUUACAGACUUACUUGUUCAAUCAAUGCAUCAAUCAAAUGCUGAUCCUGAUUAUGCAUCAUACGGAACUUGUUGUAAAUGUAAUGGAAUCGUUAGUGAAUCUUCAGGAUGUACGGCAAUGGGAAAAAUUUAUCACAUUGCAUGUUUUACUUGUGAACAAUGCCAAACUAGCCUACGAGGAAAGCCAUUUUAUCCAAUCGAUGGAAAGCCAUUCUGUGAGGAAGAUUAUUUAAAUACAUUGGAGAAGUGUUGUGUUUGUCUUACUCCAAUUUGUGAGCGCAUUUUAAGGGCAACAGGAAAACCAUACCAUCCUUCAUGUUUUACUUGUGUCGUGUGUGGAAAAAGUCUUGAUGGAAUUCCAUUUACAGUCGAUGCAACAAAUAAAAUUCACUGCAUCGAAGAUUUCCAUAAACGAUUUGCACCACGUUGUUCAGUGUGUAAGCUACCAAUUAUGCCAGAGCCAGAUAAAGAAGAAACUAUUCGUGUUGUCGCACUAGAUCGAAGCUUCCAUAUAAACUGUUAUAAAUGCGAGGAUUGCGGGUUACUUCUAUCAUCAGAAGCAGAAGGUCGCGGAUGUUUUCCAUUAGAUGACCAUGUAUUGUGUAAAAAUUGCAAUGCAAAACGAGUGCAGGCAUUAACAAGCAUGAUUUAAGCAAAAAAAAAAAUACCUACUCAUACCUUUUAUAGUAUUUACAUGUUUCUAAUAUUUGCUGUUGUUUUUUAACUGCUUAAUACUUUUUCUGUGAUUCACAAAUUCUUAUAUUUGCUUUAUUUUUUAUUUUGCUAAGAAAUUAGUCGAAAUAUGCAAAAGUUGUUUUGUGAUUUUCCUGCAUUCCAUAUAGAUUUAGAUAAAUAUAACUACGUAUGACUAUAUAAAAUUUUUUAAGACAUCUAAAUUGAUAGAUGUACGAUAUCUAGAAAUAUUCUUCGUUCUAUAACGAUAUCAAAUACACUUUUUAAACUAUAAAAUAAAAUAAACUUAUAAAAAUUAUUGGAUAU